CAAAUACGAGAAAAAGUUGGGGGAGAAGUACGAAAUGGGGAAAAGAGAUAUUAACUUAUCGAAUUGGCCUUCCCGUUGAAUUCGGAAGCCGGGAGCUGGGCAAGCCAUUUGGUAGGCAUCCAUGGACUGAUCGCGACCAUUCCGAGUUGAUCAAAGAGGUGCCCCGAUCGUGAAGUAGCAUAUUUGUCGUCAAACUCUUGGAAUGAUGGGAUCGGGUGGCUGGUCCAUUGAGAAAAGAUCCAGUUUCAGAAGUGAAUCCUUUUUGAGGGACAUUGAUGCGCCCGAAACUGGGUGCCUCUCGAUUGUAGUGCUCGGUGCUUCUGGAGAUCUUGCCAAGAAGAAGACUUUUCCCGCACUCUUCAACCUCUACCGUCAGGGAUUUUUACCAUCAGACGAAGUUUACAUUUUUGGCUAUGCAAGGACUAAAAUAUCAGAUGACGAGUUGAGAAAUCGCAUCCGUGGGUUUCUUGUUGAUAACAAGGCUGCUUCAUCCAAGCACUCUGACGACGUUGUGAAGUUUCUCCAGCUGAUCAAAUAUGUAAGUGGUUCUUAUGAUUCUGAAGAGGGUUUUCAGAGGUUGGACAAAGAAAUUUCAGAGCAUGAAAUUUCAAAAAAUAGUCGCGAAGGGUCAUCGAGGAGAUUGUUUUAUCUGGCACUUCCCCCAUCUGUAUAUCCAUCUGUCUGCAAGCUGAUCAGAAAUUACUGCAUGAACAAAUCUGAUCUUGGAGGAUGGACUCGAAUUGUCGUGGAAAAACCUUUUGGCAGGGAUCUCGAAUCUGCAGAAAAACUUAGUGCUCAGAUUGGAGACUUAUUUGAUGAACCACAAAUUUACCGUAUUGAUCACUAUCUCGGAAAAGAACUCGUGCAGAAUUUGUUGGUACUUCGUUUUGCAAAUCGAUUCUUUUUGCCCCUCUGGAAUCGCGAUAACAUUGCUAACGUGCAGAUAGUAUUCAGAGAAGAUUUUGGAACUGAAGGUCGUGGUGGAUAUUUUGAUGAAUACGGUAUCAUCCGUGAUAUUAUUCAAAACCAUCUUUUGCAGGUUUUCUGUCUGGUUGCCAUGGAAAAACCCGUUUCCCUCAAACCAGAGCACAUUCGCGAUGAGAAAGUGAAGGUCCUUCAAUCAGUACUUCCGAUUGAAGAUGAAGAAGUUGUUCUUGGACAAUAUGAAGGUUACAGGGACGAUUCUACUGUCCCUGACAAUUCAAAUACUCCAACUUUUGCAACUAUGGUUCUACGUAUACAUAAUGAAAGAUGGGAAGGUGUUCCUUUCAUUCUAAAGGCAGGGAAAGCUCUAAACUCAAGAAAAGCAGAGAUCCGUGUCCAAUUUAAGGAUGUUCCUGGGGAUAUAUACAAAUGUCAGAAGCAAGGGAGAAAUGAGUUCGUAAUUCGCCUACAACCUUCUGAAGCCAUGUACAUGAAACUCACUGUCAAGCAACCUGGGUUGGAGAUGUCAACUGUGCAGAGCGAACUCGAUUUGUCAUAUCGGCAGCGUUAUCAAGAAGUCGUAAUUCCUGAGGCUUAUGAGCGUCUAAUACUUGACACAAUCAGGGGUGACCAACAGCAUUUUGUCCGGAGAGAUGAACUUAAGGCGGCUUGGGAGAUUUUCACACCAAUUCUUCACAGAAUUGACAAUGGUGAAUUUAAACCAAUUCCAUACCAACCAGGGAGCCGAGGUCCUGGUGAAGCGGACGAGCUGCUGGAAAAAGCUGGUUACGUCCAAACGCAUGGUUACAUUUGGAUUCCUCCAACCUUGUAGAAAUGGAGAGACCGUCCACAAAUAAUUUCGGUCCAAUGCCCUUAUAAGCUGGCAGGUUUUGAGGCCUCGUCUUUUGGUACUAUACUGCCACUAGUACUGCAUACCUACCUGUAUACAAUAGCGGAGUGUUAUAUCUGCUGCAGGCUGCCUUUUGCUUCAGAGAAAGCUUAGCAAGGCGCCAGCUCUAGAAGAAGGAGGUGUUGCGUGUAGACUUGAAAUAACAAAUGCCAUUUGAGCCUUAUCAAUAAAUAAUGAGUCGUGUCCU